AUGGCGUCCGCCAAUUCGCUUCGAUGCCUCAUGAGGCCGACUAUUCCCAGGGCUUCUCGAAUUAUACCGGUUCUCCUCGCCCCAUUUUCAACUUCAACCGCUGCUCUCGCCGUCUCAGCUCCUCCGGCAAUCAAGAGCCGCCGAGACCUUCCACAAAAGGUCAAGAAGUCCUAUAAGAAACGUGCCAAUGUGACGCCUGUCCGAAAACCUCAGCCUGGCGAGCGAAAGGCCUUCCGAAAGCGCAUCCAGCUCAGCAAUAACAGUGCUCUACCUGUCGCAGGCCUUGCAAAUCUGGAUGCCAGUAACAUGACCAAGGCUGAGAGUGCUGGAAAGAUGUUUGCUAUUCCUGAUCAGGUUGUGGAUCAUCUCCGUGCCCUCGAGGCUUUCAAGACGACACAGACAUGGAACUUAUUCCGAAAACCCCAUGUUCUGCAGCGCAAAGAGACAGUCGAGUUGAUGAAGAAACUUGAGCUAUCGGCCAAAGAAAAGACGGCUCUUAAGUGUGUGUUGACGGGUAGUAAGCUGUCUGGAAAGAGUAUGGCCAUGCUACAGGCUAUGGCAUAUGCACUUCUUAACAACUGGGUGGUAUUCCAUGUCCCAGAAGGUCAGGAUCUGACCAACGGCAACACUGAAUACUCGCCCAUUCCCAAGACUGAGCCAAUGCAGUUCUCCCAACCCAUCUACUGCCUUAAGAUGAUACAGAGCCUCUAUAGAGCCAACCGUGUCGUUCUUGAAAAACUCAACAUCGAGAAGGACUGGUCCAAGUUCACUAACCUCAAGGAGGGCGCUACCCUCGCUGAUCUGGCUCUCAGCGCAAAGGAGGCCGAGUACGCAUGGCCAACCCUCCUUGCCCUAUGGACUGAGCUCACCCUGCCUGGGCGACCCCCCGUUCUCUUUGCUCUUGACGGUCUUGCCCACAUCAACAAGAUCAGUGAUUACAGAGACCCCUCGUUCAACGAGGUACAUGCCCAUGAACUGGCUCUUGUCCGCCUCUUCAUUGACGCCCUAUCUGGCAAGACUCCUCUCCGUAAUGGCGGUGCUGUCAUCGCCGCCACCUCAGAGAACAACUCCCAUCACCAUCCAUCACAAGAGCUUGUUCUCUCGCAGCUCGAGGCUGGCCAGGCGGGCCGUGAGAUCCCCAAGCCUGACCCCUAUGAGCGCAAAUAUGACGAGCGUGUGUACGAGGCGCUCAAGAACAGCUGGGUUCUCCGUCUUGAGGGUAUCACGAAGGACGAGGCUCGCUCUUUAAUGGAAUACUGGGGCGCCAGCGGGCUUUUUCGACAUGUUCUCAAUUCAAGAACAGUGUCCGAGAAGUGGACCGUGGGCGGCCACGGUAAUGUUGGUGAGAUGGAGCGUGCUGCAUUGAUGCAAAUGAGGCUGUAA